ACCAAAAAAAAACAGAAUUCUUGAUUGCAUAGAUGUUGAGAUUAUGUUUGAUUUGCCCUGAAUAAAUAAAUUAGAAAUAGCAUAAUGUUUUAGCGAGAAGCUAUCCGAAAAUUUAAUGUAAAUGAAAAUUUAUUUUGUUCGUGAAAAUUUUUUAUAUUGUUUUUUCGUUGGGAGUGUCACAGAUGCGCUGACCUUCGUUUUGAUGCACAACGCACAACAAAGCAUCAAAUUGACGGCUGCCCCAUUUUCACAACAAUCUCGAUAUUUGUUGUUAGUUAUUUAUUUGUCAAUUUAAUAUAAUAUGGUAAAUCGUCAACAGUUUAUUCUUCUUUAUCGCUGUGUUAUGUGUUACGUAUGUCGAAAAUAAAAUGAAAAUGGAAUCGACGACUACGCAAACAACUUUAAACGAUUCGGAAUACUGUACACCACCAAAGACUUUCUUUUCUUCUAAGAGAGUGAUAGAGGACUUGGAGAAAUAAAAUUUUACUAUUUAUAACAGAUUUACAUUCAAAAUGAACGAAAGAGAUAUUCCUAGUGUCCCUGUUACAACAUUAGCAGGUGUCGCCAGCUUGACAGACCUUUUACCAGUGUUACCACUUCCUACACCUUUACCAUCUACAUUAAACAACAAAUCUCAACUAUUUCAUCCACGUGUUGCUGAAGAAGCAGCAAUAUUGCUUGCCACCCAAGAUGAGAAUUUGGUCACAUUGUUGUUGCAGUCUCUUAUGCAAACUUCAGUCCAACAUAUUGAUCUUAAGGAUGAGACCGUAUCUAAUGCAGUUAGCCCUGCACCUCAACAAGCUACACCUGAAUUAUUGAAAGCUAUCUUACAUGUGAAACCUGAUGUAUUUGAUCAGCAACAAAGAAACCAUUGGGGCAAUCAUCUACAUACAUCAAAGUUCAAUGGGAUGUCUCCUUCUGCAUCAUAUAACUCUUAUACAGCACACAAUACUGUUCAUUCAAGUCCAUCAUCACAUGGAACAGCUGUACACUCUGCACCAAUUCCAAACCAACAACUGUUAGCACCACCAUGUCAAUCGUCUCCUCAUGUUAAUAUGGGCUCUCCACCCUCCCAAUCAAGGCCAGGCGCCCAAGUCAAUAUCACCGCUCAAAACAAUGUAUCUCCAUUGUGGAAUAAUGCUAAUUCUUCCAAUGUUUAUACAAGCCCCUUAUCAAAUAUAGCUGGCACUAAUUCACAAAAUGGGGGAUUCUACAAUAGUCUCACUCAAGAUAAUCAAAAUUUUGGCACUAACUUAUGUGAAGAGAAAGAUCCUCUUUCUAUGUCACCAACCAAUCAGUCUGAUCCUCAAAGAAUACAUAUGCAAUCUCAAGAUAAAGCAUUUGAACAAGGUCAAUCCCCAGCGCAAGCAAGUGUAGCACCAUCGCCUCUACGUUUGGAGCCGCAUGUACCACAGCCGUCGAUGGGUGCUCCGUACGCUCCGUCAUCUGGUAUUUUAGACAAACAAGAACCCACCAAAAGUAUGAAUGUAACAAAUAACAGAUACCCAGUCGUAAAAAUAGGACGAUUAUCAGAGGGAGUAUUGAAAAAACAUGAAUCCCCAAAUGAAGAAAGGUCAAGAAAAAAUAGUACACUUGAAUCUGACUCUGAUGAUAAUAUUCCACUCAAAACAAAAGGUAGCAACACUGCACCUCCUGUAGAUAAAGAAAGAGAAGCUAUAGAUAUAGCUAGAGAAAAAAACUGGGAGGCAGUUAAAAGGAAACAUGAAGAAGCCAGCAAAAAGGAAGAAGCUGAAGCUGCCAUUGUCAGACCUAAACUAAGAAAAGUGGAAAGAAGAUUGGUCCCCGUCAUAGAGAUGUUAUCAGUAGACGAACUAAUGGAGUCUAAUACGUAUCAGCGUUUUAACAAGUUAAUUGAAUCAGUAUUUGAAACGAUUGAUGAUGACGUUAUAAUAACUGAUGAAAUGGAAGGAACUGAUAUUCCUGAAGAACUGUUGCUUUCACGAUAUCAACUCCAAGAGCUGUGCUCCGAAGCAGCAAAACUAAAAAAUCUUAGUGCUAUGGAAGCAAUACCUUCUGAUAGAUUGGUGCGAUUAUUAAACAUAUUGGAAAAAAAUAUACGCGCUGCUGAGAAAAUGUCUCUUCUGGGAGAUCCUGAGGAUAGUGAAGAAAUGCGACAAAUAUGGAUUGAAUCUGCUUUAGAGAGAGUAAUGUGUGCUUCGGAUGCGUGUUUAACAUCAUUGUACAUAAUGACCUCACCUAGUAUGCCGAAGCGCGUGUUUCUCGAAGAUGUUAUAGAUAGAAUUAUUAUGUUCAUAAAAUUCCAACUCAAUAAUACAAUAUAUUGUGUAUAUGAUCCUGUGUAUAGUAUACAAACUACAUCUAAAAAGAAAGUGGACGGCCGCAAGCGGCGUGGCGGAGGCGCGGGCGGCACGGGCGCUGGCGGGGGGCGCGGGCGCGGCGGCGGCGGCGGCGGCGCGGGCCGCGCGGCGCGCGACCUCUACACGCAGGUGCACGAGUGCGUCACGCUGCUCGCCGAGCUGCUCGCCGCGCAUCACCUCACCGACACCACCGUACUGCACGCCUCCACCGUUGGUGUCUCGCCCUUUUUCGUCGAGAACGUCAGCGAGCUCCAGCUCGCCGCUUUGAAACUCGUCACUACGAUCUUUACAAAAUAUGAGCAACACCGGCGACUUUUGCUCGAAGACAUUUUAGCAUCCAUAGCGCGCAUUCCCAGUUCAAAGCACAAUCUGCGGUCCUUUCAACUGAGCUCGGACCAACAUAUACAAAUGUUGACAGCACUUGUACUUCAACUAGUUCAAUGUGUAGUCACUUUGCCAGAGACACUUUGCAAAUCUUUUGAAAAAGAUAAAGAUAAAGAACCUAAUACUGAGUCUGAUUCUAAAAAACACGUGGACAAAGAUCUAUUAAUUAUAUCCAAAUACGAAGCAGCAAUUAGUGUCGGCGGUACAUUCCUAACGUCAUUCCUGAAUAAGUGCCGGAGCCGCUCGGAGGAAGUGGACUUCAGGCCUUUGUUUGAGAACUUUGUACACGAUCUUCUUACCACCGUUAAUAAACCAGAGUGGCCUGCCACUGAGCUACUGCUGAGUCUUCUUGGAACGAUGCUGGUGAAAUACAUGUCAGAUAAAUCAAUGGAGAUGCCUGUGAGGGUGGCAUCAUUAGAGUACUUAGGUUUGGUGGCAGCGCGUUUGAGGAGAGACAGUGUCCAUUCACGUACUAAACUUGCUACUAUGGAUGCUGUAGUAAGAGACAUACGCGCAGAAGAAGAAAAGGAUGGCAAUCAAACACAGAGCGUGACAUCAGGAUUAGAUGAAGAUGAAGAAAGAACAGAAUUUCUUCAACGAGUACUGCUUGAUUAUUUGGCCAUUAAUGGACAAAAAGAUCAAGCCUGGAAUUGUGCUCGACAUUUCUACAUAACACAAUGGUACAGAGAUAUGGUAGUCCAGCCUAAAAGUUCAUCGCCCACUAAAAGACCAAAACAUAAAACAAAAAGACGCUACAAAGACGAAACUAGCGAGGAGGAAUCUGAGGCAGACGAUGACAGCGACAGUGGAGCAAAGGACUCGAAAUCAGAUAAAAAACACUGUUCCACCGCUCUAAUGUCUGCAGAGAAAUUCAAAACUGUCGAGAGGCGAAAACAUUUUUUUAUAGAGAAAAUAAGACCAUUCCGAUACCAGGGGGGCGCACAAGUUCAAGUUAUGCAGUCGUAUAUCGACUAUAGUGGGGCAGAACUGAUAUCGCAGUACUUGGCCUCGAAGAGGUCAUUCUCGCAGAGCUUCGACAGGUAUUUACGGAAAAUACUGGUGAUACUGUGCGAGAACACGAUAGCGAUACGUACAAAGGCAAUGAAGUGUCUAGCGAUGAUCGUGGAGGCGGACCCGGCAGUACUGGCGCGCCCUGACAUGCAGAUCGGCGUCAACCGCUCCUUCCUCGAUCAGUCGACGGCCGUGCGUGAGGCCGCCGUUGAUCUCGUUGGCAAGUUCGUACUCAGCCGCCCCGAUCUCAUCGACAAGUAUUACGGGAUGCUUUCAAAUAGAAUAUUGGAUACUGGUGUAUCAGUGCGGAAGAGGGUAAUUAAAAUCCUUAAAGACAUUUGUAUAGAAUGUCCUGAAUUCCCCAAGAUCCCCGAAAUUUGCGUAAAAAUGAUUAGGCGUGUGAAUGAUGAGGAAGGCAUCAGAAAGUUGGUGAUGGAAGUAUUCCAGAACAUGUGGUUCAGUCCGUGCCCAAACUCGAUCCGGCCCGGCUCCCUCGACAUGACCGCAGCUGCUGCCGAUCCACUCACUAGAAAAGUUCUUAAUAUUACAGAUGUUGUAAUAUCCUCUAGAGACAUGGGUCUUGAAUGGUUUCAGCAACUUUUGAUGAGUUUAUUUAAACCAAAGGAGGACAAAGAUGACUCCACUAAAAUAAUUUAUCAGCCGCCUAAAUCACUUCUAGUAGCGUGCCAACAAAUUGUUGACUGCCUCAUAGAAAGUUUACUUCAGCUGGAGGAAUCUAGUGCCGAAGGUUCUGGAUCUUCACAGCGUAUUUUAGCGUGCCUUUCCACUUUACAUUUAUUUGCGAAAAUUAGGCCUCAGUUGCUAGUAAAUCAUGCUCUAACAUUGCAACCGUAUCUAAGUUUGAAAUGCCAGAAUCAGUAUGAACAGCAAAUUAUGUCAACGGUGGCAUCAACUUUAGAGCUAGUAGUACCUCUGAUGGAACACCCCAGUGAAGUGUUCCUUGCUCAGUUGGAAGAAGAUGCUGUAAAGCUGAUCUUGCAACGAGGACAACUUGUGAUAGCUUCGUGUAUAGCUUGCUUAGCGGCCAUUGUAAAUAAUCUCACGCACAACUAUAAACUCAUUAGGGAUGUCUUCAAUAAAUAUCAUGGAAUUCUUCUUCAGUGGAAACACAGUUGGCAACGCAACCCAGAAAUGACCCGAACGUUAAAUACGCGACCGCACUUUCGACGUGCACUUUUCAUCGUAGGGUUACUACUGCGGUAUUUUGAUUUUACAGAAACAAAAGUUAUCGAAGGUUUACCGAGUGACAUUAAAGAACAAGUAUACACAACAUUAAUGUUCUUCGUGAAUCUCGAAGACGAAGAUUUUGUGUCACACACAUUAAAAGCGCUCGGUUCAGUUGGCGUGCGACAUUACGAAUUUAUGUUAAGGCCAGAAUUAAAGGAAUUCUAUCAUCAGUUGUUAACGUCAGACCUGGCACCUGUAGAAAUGAAAGCCGACGUCCUUAGAAAUAUAGAAAUGUACUUACAGGAGGAAGAACAAAGAAUGAUUAGACAAGAUAAAGAAUGGUCAAAACGUUCGAAACACGAAAACCUCAAGGAGAUGGGUGAUGUAUCGUCUGGCAUGGCGUCGACGGUGAUUCAACUGUACCUGAAACAAAUCCUGGGCUCAUUCCUGCACAGCAGCACAGUGGUGCGCUCCAGCGCCAUGAAGGUCGUGCAGUUGGUGUUAGCGCAGGGUCUCGUGCAUCCCGUGCAGAUUGUUCCCUAUUUAAUAUGUAUGAGUACAGACACUGAGGUGACAGUGUCACACACGGCAGAUAAACACCUCCAAGAAAUAGAUAAAAAGUACCCAGGUUUUAUUCACAUGAAGGCUCAACUUGGUAUCAGACUAUCAUAUCAGUUGCAAAAAAUAUUGCAAACAAGCACAAAGAAUGAUGUUAUACGAGGGUUCAGGAAAAAGGAACAAGACGAUUUACCAACAGCACUCAAUGGGUUUCUAUAUUCCUUGCUGCGUAACACGCGGCCGCAACGGCGAGCAUUGGUUCUGUCUCUAUUGAAACAAUUCGAUGAUGUUUCUACUGCACCCUUGGAUCAAAUGUUGUAUCUGGCAGACAACUUAAGUUAUUUCCCAUACCAAGUUCAAGAUGAACCAUUGUUUAUAAUACACCACAUUGAUAUUAUAAUUUCGACAUCGGGAUCAAAUUUACUGCAGCUUUUUCGCGAGGGAUUAAUAAAAACGACCACGGAGGAAAAGGAGCAGUUGGACGAGGAGGAGGAUGACGAGGAGGCAGAGGCGCUGGUGGCGCGACUACCGGUGUGCACGCGGCCACUUCGUGACGCCAUGCGGCAGGCACGCGGUUGCCUCUUGCUGCUCGUACUCAAACAGCACCUCAAGCAACUCUACGGCUUCACUGAUGCAAAAAUCAACCAAUACUCCCCUUCAGAGAGUGUAAAAGUAUACGAGAAAGCAAUUUCGCGACGGCACGCUCCUAUAUUCGAGCCUAAGGCUACCAUCGCGCAGCUUAAUGACGUCGAAGAUGAAGAGGAGCUCGAUGAGCGCGGUUGUCGGCGGCUCGUCGACGACUAUCUAGAGUUCAAGCAACUAAUGCUGAAAUUCGAUCCGGAAGAAGAAGAUGACGACGAUACUGCGGCCACGAACACAACGGGCACGGCGGCGACGGCGACAUCGGGCGCGACGGCGGCAGCGGGGACGACAGCAACGGCGAGCAGUGGCGAUACGACGCCGGCGCCCGCGCCGCCCGCCGGCACGUAGCGCCCGCACUAGGGCGCCGCCGCCGCCGCCGCCGCCGCUGUACAUUACCGCCGCCCGCCGGCACGAGCCGCGCCGCCGUCCGCGCCGUUUGUCUAAGUGAAUUAUAUUUGAGAAGCUCGAUUUUGUUUUUAUAUUAAAGUCUUGUGUGUAGAUAAUUUUUAUGAGGAAUAUAAAGUAUAUGUACCUACUA